CUGUGUCAAUUUUCUUCCUAUCCUCUUUUACACGUUUUUCAGGCAGACGGUCGAGGCCGUAGUCGUUCUGAUUCCCGCUCUCGCACACGCCGUCGUGAUCGCAGUAGUGGCAGUAGUGGUGCCAACUCUUCAGGUAGCGACAGUGAUCGAGAUGAUUCUUUAGGCGAUGGCGAAGCAAAUUCUUUGGAUGAAGACAACCGUCCUUUCCCUGGCCGCAAGCCAUCUUCCACAGAAUCAAUGAAUCGGCUUGGGCCUCCUCACCUUGCUUACAUUACGGCCUAUCCUGUUAUGGCGAUCGGCCAAGGUGUGAAGACCGGCAAGGAAGCUUUAGCUUCCGCAGCUUCAGCACCUAUACUUCAGUGCAUGCAAGGCCAGCUGACUCACAACUUCAGUGCCUAUGCCAAGCAGGCGGCAGCUAUGGAAGCCGCUGGGUUGCCUCCACCACCACCCGGAGCCGCUGGAAUGGCUCCACCGCCACCACCGCCCGGAGCAGUCGGUCUCCUAUUACCAUCAGGUCAAGUGGGUGGCCCAACUGGUGGAACACCUAGCACUCCCGCUUCUUCAGCCAGCGGAUCUCAGGCUCCAUCCUCGGUCUCGGCUCCUCCAGGAUCCGCCCCACCCUCUCUAAUGGCUAUUCCUCCUCCCUGCAUGGUCAACACUGCUGCCCCACCACCUCCACUUCCUCCUCAUUUUACUCAGGCCGCUAUUCCCCCUCAGGGGUUGCAUUCGAAUUCAUCUUCAUCGACAGGCCCAACUGGAGUUGGACAACCACAACCACCCCCACAAACUGUUGGACUUAUUGCCCGAUCUGUGAUCACUCACUCCAGGUCGAGAUCCAGGCAAGUGGCUAAUGACUUUAUAUUCUAA